AUGACGUUUUUUUCUCCUGGGAAUACUUUCGCAUUGACGAGCUCGGUGUCGCAAAAGGGCAGAGCAAUAAAGAGUUUGUUCAACUUCGCUGUGGGCGCGCAUCCGCAACCGGGUUUGUCAAGAAACACGAGAGAUUUUCUGGGACCGAGAGUACCGCGCGUGACCGAGGCGUGUCGCGCGGUGGGCUCCUCGUAUGUUUGUGCAAUGUUUGCGUAA